UCAGAGGUUACAACCAUUGCUUUUUACCAUACAGUCAAACAAAUGGCAGAGUAAGAUUGUAUUGAAAUCCUUGUAUGUGCAAUAGGUUUUGGUUACCUUCAAUUCAAUUGAGUUAGUUUUCACCAUGUUCAAUGGAGAAAUGAUGUUUCAGCUCAGAGAAAACGACGGUGGCAAAUCAAUUGAUUGGAUUGUUUUGUCAACGGGUGUAUAUGGGAUUUAUAUAUUUGUCUUUUGCACAAUUCCUGCGACGUUUAUGAGUAGAGAUGUUUUACCGUUGUACUUGCAGUAGAGAGUAGGUAUUAGUCUGCAGGAUAUAUGAAUUGAGUUAAAAGAAAGUUGUUGAAGGUCAUAAAAAUGGAAAUUUAUUGGGCUUGUCUCUCUAAUCAUAAUCUAAUCUUCGCUACCAAUAUUUAAUUAUGGUGUUGAUACUUUUGUCUCCCCUGCACGUGAAGAAGCACAUCAACCUGUAUUCCACUUUACUCCUCAUAUUCUGUAAUCUUUUUGUAUAAAGCAUGCCAUUUGUUCGACAUGUUUUUCCACACCUCUCCAGCACAGAUUGCUACUGACAUUGAGGUUAUAUCUGUGCCUUGAAAUUGGAAGAAAAGCAUUAUGACAACCCAUGAUGAGAAGAUGAAUGAUCGGAAGAAGAUGUGCAUUGAAGAACUGAAAGCUAUCAAGGUGUUGGGAAGAGGGGCUAUGGGAUGUGUGCUUUUGGUUGUAAAAAAUGGCUGCCAUGACCAACCAUUUGCUCUCAAGGUCAUAAGAAAAAACACCAAGGAUGAAGAAUGGCUUACCAAGUUAAGAAGAAUACACAGGGAGAGGGAGAUCCUUUCCUCAUUGCACCAUCCGUUUCUUCCAUUUCUUAUGGGUGAAGUUGAGACUGACUUUAUGGUUGGCUGGGCUUCUGAAUACUGCCCGGGAGGUGAUCUCCAUUAUCUGAGGCAAAUUCAACCAGAUAGAAGCUUUUCAGAGUCUGCAAUUAGGUUUUACGCAGCAGAGAUUGUAUUAGCUCUAGAGCACCUGCACAGCCAGGGAAUAGUUUACAGAGAUCUGAAACCAGAGAACAUCCUUGUGCAAAGCAGUGGACACAUAAUGCUCACAGAUUUUGAUCUCUCAAAAAGACUUGUACCAAACUCAAAUGAAUCUCACAUUUCUCAAAACCAAGAACAGCAAAAGAAGCAUUCUCUUCAACAGAGGGGGAGUUGGCCUGUUCUACGUAGAAUGCUAAGCUCCAAGGCAAAAAAGCCAUGCCCAUCGACCCAAGUUCCUCCAGCUCUGAACCAAAGCCACCAAAAAAGCUUUCUGAGAUCAAAUUCAUUUGUGGGUACAGAUGAAUACGUGGCACCUGAGAUGAUAAAAGCUGAGGGCCAUGAAUUCUCUGUAGACUGGUGGUCCUUUGGCAUUUUGCUCUACGAAUUGCUGUAUGGAACCACACCAUUCAAGGGGUCUAACAAGAAGGAAACCUUCAACAAAAUACUCCUGAUGAACCCUAAGCUCAUGGGCCCCUCCACUCCCCUCCAUGACCUAAUUCUAAGACUGUUAGAGAAAAAUCCUGAAAAGAGGCUCGGAUUCUCCCAUGGAGCUGAUGAGAUUAAAAGGCAUUUAUUCUUCACAGGCCUUCAAUGGGGCUCAAUUCACGAUGUGUGUCGACCACCCUUUGUGCCCAAUAUUGACAGUAGUUAUUAUAAUUGCACGGAUCACCUGUUCACAUCAGAAAUGGAAAGUAUUCUCCAUGCUAUAAACAUAGUGAGCGUGAGUGAGUCAGAGGAGGACCAGACAACCGACUCGGAAGUCGAUGGACUUUUCUGAUCACAAUUAGGUUAAUUAAAGAUAACCAAUUAUACGAUAGGCAAUACAGACAGUAAAACAGUGAAAUUUUACGAGCUAUCUUUGUGGGUCUAUGUACAUUAAAUCUCAAUUUGUAUAAUAAUAUAUAAGGGUUCUGUCUGUUUGUUUCUUUAAAGAAAAAGAAAGUUACAGAGAUCACUGCCAUUGUACAGGUUAUGCUGUGUUCCCUAGCAAGCACCCCACAAAUAAAGUUACUGGCUUUUCUGUCCAAAGUAAAGCCUGCUUUUUUCCCUUGUA